AUGGCCUCCGACAGCAGCACACCAGCAGCCGAACAGGCCAAGAACACCCUCCUGCAAAACGUCCACGAGUACGGCACAAACCCCCUCCCGCCCGCAAUCCACGCCAUCCUCAUCGCCGCGCUGCACGGCCGCCCCCUCAAGCUGCUCCCCUUCUCCUUCGCGCCCGCCCUGCUCUUCAGCAGCUACGUCAACCUCGCCGGCUUCCCCACCGACAGCGCCGGCUUCACCUGCGCCCUCUCCGGCCUCUACGCGCUCCUCGCCCUGCGCCGCCGCCAGCCGCUGCGCGCAAAGUUCACUGCCCGCGGCGCCGUGCGCGGCGUCGCCAUCGGCAUGGGCUUCGCGAACUCGGCCGCUGGCGCGUGGGUCUACGCCAGCGGGGACCGGAAGAAGGACGAGGCCGAGAGGAAGGCGAGGAACCGCUGGGGCGGAGACUCAUGA